AUGAAAUACAUGGAGAACAUGAACAAUGUGACAGAAUUUGUUCUACUGGGGCUCACAGAGAAUCCAAAGAUGCAGAAAAUCAUAUUUGCUGUGUUUUUUGUCAUCUACAUCAUUUCUAUGGCAGGAAAUGUGCUCAUAGUGGUCACCAUCACUGCCAGCCCAUUAUUAGGGUCUCCCAUGUACCUUUUUCUGGCCUAUCUCUCUUUUAUUGAUGCCUGCUAUUCCUCUGUCAGUACCCCCAAAUUGAUUGUAGAUUCACUCUGUGAAAAGAAGACCAUCCUAUUCAAUGGGUGUAUGACCCAAAUCUUUGGGGAACAUUUCUUUGGAGCUGCUGAGAUCAUCCUGCUCACUGUGAUGGCCUAUGACCGCUAUGUGGCCAUCUGCAAGCCCUUGCGCUAUACAUCCAUCAUGAACUGGCGGAUGUGUGGCCUGCUAAUGAGAGUGGUGUGGGUUGCAGCAUUUGUUCACUCGAACAUACAGAUGCUCUUCAUCUUCCAAUUACCAUUCUGUGGUCCUAAUGUCAUAGAUCACUUUAUGUGUGAUCUGAAUCCUUUGCUCAAUCUUGCCUGCACUGAUACCCACACUCUAGGGCUCUUUGUUGCUGCCAACAGUGGAUUAAUCUGUGUGUUAAACUUCCUCUUCUUGUUGGUCUCCUAUGUGGUUAUCCUGCGCUCCCUAAAGACCUACAGCUCAGAGGCAAGGCGCAAAGCACUGUCCACCUGUGUCUCCCACAUCACAGUGGUCAUCUUAUUCUUUGUGCCAUGCAUUUUUGUGUACAUGAGACCUGCAGCUACGUUACCAAUUGAUAAGGCAGUUGCUGUAUUCUAUACUAUGAUAACCCCCAUGUUAAAUCCCUUGAUCUAUACCUUGAGAAAUGAUCAGAUGAAAAAUGCCAUUAAAAAAUUGUGUAGCAGAGAAGCUAUCUCAGGUGAGAUAUAA